GGAUUAGAGUAUAAAGGUGGACAGCAGUGGAAGGACAUCUUUAACUUUAAGUAGCAGUGACACCACAGUGCAGAAACAUUCUCCCUGUGAGCCCACUCCUCUUCUGCUUUUGUUUUAGUUUGGAGGCCAGACCCCGUAUCUUCCGGUCUCAUCACUUGUAACUUUGACAGCUGGACGCAGCUGUCCGUGCGCUCGGAUCCAUCCAGCCCAGACGCGCCCCCUCUCCCCGGUCACAGCCGCUGCCCAGGGGCUUGGAGCCGCCACAGCUGGACGGAGGGAUGCGCACUUAAUUAACCUCAUCCUCUGUUUUUUCUCUCCUGAAAGACCCCCUGUCCUCUGCCACGAUUCCCCCCCAGAGCGGCUCCACGGAUUUCCUGUCAUCCAUCUGUCCCCGACCCGCGCGGAGGAAGUGGUCGGUGAUAUUCCUGGUGACAGUCGUCGCGAUGGUUCUGCUGGCUCUGGCCGUCGCCGUCCCGUUGCUGCUCCUCCGCACCCCCGAGACCUCCGGCCAUUACUACGAGAUGAUGGGCACCUGUCGGAUGGUCUGCGACCCGUACAGCCCCAAACCGGGAGGCGCCACCGCCAUGGAGGUGAUCCAGAACCUGAACGAUGUUGCGCCACAGCCGCCCAUGGCGCAGGGGGGUCGCGGGGAGCCAGGGCGACCGGGGAGACCGGGACCCAGGGGCCCGCCGGGAGAGCCGGGACCACCGGGUCCGAGGGGGCCACCGGGACAGCGCGGGGACAGUAAACUCGCCUUCCCUGCGGUAGCCGGAUCCGCGGGGGCUGAAAGCGGAGUAUCAGAGGCUGUGAACUCCACCAUCAGCAGCUUCAGGAUCGCGUUUUACGUGGGUCUGAAGAAUCCACACGAGGGAUAUGAGGUGUUAAAGUUUGACGACGUGAUUACAAACUUGGGGAACCACUACGAUUCGAGCACUGGGAAGUUCACCUGCCAUGUGUCCGGGAUCUAUUUCUUCACCUACCAUGUGCUGAUGCGCGGGGGAGACGGGACCAGCAUGUGGGCCGACCUGUGCAAAAACGGACAGGUCCGGGCCAGUGCCAUAGCUCAGGACGCAGACCAGAACUACGACUACGCCAGCAACAGUGCCGUGCUGCACUUGGACUCUGGAGACGAGAUCUACGUCAAACUGGACGGAGGCAAAGCCCACGGGGGCAACAACAACAAGUACAGCACCUUCUCCGGCUUUAUCCUGUACCCCGACUAAACACACCACAGUGGCUCUGUGGACUGAACAUUGUUUCCAGUGAAGUAUGUGGUUGAAUAUGUUUCUCUUCUUUUGAACAUAGGUGCCACAUUGCAACUGUGUGUUCUGUUUACUGCAGUGGUUCUCAAACUGGCUUCUGAACUGAGGUGCAUGCCAGAAAAAAAACCAGUUUGAGAACCACUGAUAUAGUGGGAUAUCUUUUUAUUUGUAACUAAAAUACCUUGAGUUCAACUGGAGGCUGCUGUCGUCAGAGAAUACGUAAUAUCAGUCAAAUUGUUAUUUAGGUUCCUUUGAAUUAAAGAGAAGAGCUACUGGCUGUUUCCGGGCUCAGAGGUUCGUGCAGUGCGGUCGUCCACGUGAUGUUUGGAAAUCGAGGCACUGAAUCAAAGUCACACACAGAAGCUUUGAUCGCACCAAUUCUGCACAAACACUGGAUUUACGCACAGAAGUGAAGCUAAUCUGCGCAAAUUUUACACCAAGCUCAAUUCUGAUCAACGAAUUUGCAAAUGAGGAAAUAGACGGAGCCCAAAAUGUCUUUUGAAUAAACUUAAUGUGUCAUUAGGAGCUAAGCUAACUCUUUAGUAGCUCUGUAUUAAACUAAGUGAUGUACAAACAUGAGAACAACAUGCUCAUGACGAGGGCUCACUGAUUAGCAUGAUAGUGGUUAGCUCGCCAUUUAUAAACUAGCCCAUUGCAUCACUAAGGCUACAUCCAUACAAAAAACAUGUUGCUUGCUGUGAGCGGUAUAGAACGAUGGAAAAGUAAGAGGAUGAGUUUUCUCCUUCACCGCUGGGACUGCCUCAUCUUUUCCAAACGGGGGCAGCAGCGUUUCCGAACUCCUCAGUUUUAGACGAGUGAAAACUCUACAGGGGUUCUGGCAGAAGUAAACAAGCCUGCGUGGCAACAGGGAUGCGUUUCAAAAGUAAAACGUGGUCGUGUGGAUUGAGCCUGAGCCUUCAGAGAUACUGGAUCACUUCCAUUGUGCCACUUUCUGAUGAGAUCUGGCCUCAACUGUCGUAACUAAAAUAGUGAUAUGCCCCAGCCACUCUGUUUUAGAAGCCUAGUCAAUGUAGAAAUGAAUGGUAAAUGGACUGUACUUAUAUAUAGUGUAUAUCUACUCUUAUCAACCACUCACAGCACUUUAAACUACAGGUCACAUUUCAUGGCCCAGCCGUCAGACGCGGUUUAGGGUUCAGCAUCUGGGCCAAGGACACUUUCACACACCGACUGGAGGAGCCAGAGAUCAAACCGCCGACUUUCCAAUUAGUGCGGAAUCCGUUUUACCUCCUGACCUCCACAGUCUGCAAUAGUAAUUUUGAUUUUUUUUCCCAUAAAGGUAAGCACAUCCUCAGUAUUAGUGCUUUCUUACCCCCCCCCCCUUGGAUCAGGAUCUGUUUUCAAACAUAAGAUCGACUGAGAUGUUCUGAUGAGAUUGUGCCAAAGCCGACAGGUGUCACAUUUUUAAUGCAUCGAGUACAUUAACGAAAAGUUCCGACCUAGUACUUUGAUCCACAGAGCUGUGGUGCGUUCAGUGGUAGUCAGUGUUUCACCAAAUAACCCUAAUAACAGCAAUGGAAACUUACAAAUGGAUGUCAUGAAAAAUAAUACUGAAUGGUUUCUACUUUGCUCUCAUAUAUGCCAAUAAAUAUCGUUUGACAAGAA